CAUUAUUUGUUGAACACAUAAUCAUGGAUAUUUCUGAAAUUAUAACUGUUAUAUUGGAAGGUGAUGAUAUUGGCUAAAAAACUAUUAGUUAUAACAUAAUGGGAGAGUAAAAUAAUUCAUUAUGUACGUUUAAAUUCCACACACUAACCAAUUUCAUCCAGAGGUUCAAAAGCGACAACAAAACCAAUUUAAUUAUUUCUUUUACUAUUUUUUACAGUCAGGUUAUACUACUGUAUUAUAAAAAUACAAUUUUUUUUUUAGCACUGAUAUAGUUAAAAAUGUUUAUAAAAAAAGGACACAGUACGACGAGUGAUUUUACCUUCAAUGAAUCAAAUGUACAUGAAACAAGCUUGUAAAUAAAUGAUUUUAGAAAUAUCGUCAGAAAUAAUUUGUGAAUGCGCAGUUUGUGUUUUUUUAUCUUUUUAAUUUUUUUUUUAAUUCUUCCUCUCCAUUCCCUGCUUUUCAUCAGAAAUGCCAUUUAGAAACAAAUGUAUUUCACCUUUAACUGUACAAUAAGCAUUGAAAUGAUUUUGAAUAUUAGCACCUUCUGAAACCGCCGAAGAAUUAUCAUUAAAAGUAGAUUUAUUCCACGUUGCUACGGAAAGGCGACAGGUACGCCAUUGCGCAUUUGUUCAACAGAUAUCCUAACUCGAGGGAAUGGCCAGCUCAGACUGGCAGAAUGGCAGAGUGGCAACGGCUGAUUGAAAACUGUUCAAAACUUGACCUUCUUAACUAAAUUAUGACAACAUUUAAACAAAUUUUCCUUUCGUAAAAGCAAUUGACGGGAGUUGGCCGCCGAGUUCAUUACUAAAUGUAUUUAGAGAAUGUGAUAGUAUUUAGCUUUAUUCGUUUGAAGGGGUGUUUUACGGUGAAAUGAGAAUUUUUUCUCUCGGUAUGCAUGUAAAACUCUACAUGCACACUGCCACCCUCUGAUGACAUAUGCCUUGAACACCUAUCACUGAGGCUCCAGAUGUUCUGGGAUACAUCUCUUGGCGUAUUGUCUCGCCUGUGACAGUCACACCCACCAGUGAGAACGGUAAAGGACCACACCCUUUCGCUCUCUCCUUGUUACUCAGUCAGGUUGCUGUAGUACGCCAUGAAGACUGCCUCCGUUAGCUACGUUUUGGUCAUAGCCUUUUAUGGCUGCCUGUGUGGAGUUUAUUGAGUGCGAUCGUCUGCCCACAAAGGAGAUCCGUGUGUACAUCAGCAGCGUGUCAAGCAACCUGGAACUCAAGAAACAACAACAGAGGAUACAGAUGGUUCUCAGCGGGAAGAACAUCGACGCACAAUACAUCGAUAUCUCCUCAAACAACGCCGCCAAGGAAUUCAUGAGGGCAAGUGCAGGACCGUCGAGUCUUCCCCCACAGCUUUUUAACGGCGAGGAAUACCUAGGUGAUUACCAAGCUUUUGAGGAAGCAGUUGAAGACGAACGUCUUAUGGAGUUCCUAAAGUUGAACUGAUUUAUCUCGGUUAUUCGGUUAAAAAUGAAGUUUUAGACACUGUCAAGACGUCAAGACACGCAAAUUCAUGUAUAAUGUACUUCAACUACCAUUUUGACGAAAUCCUAACAAGAUGUUAAAAAACAGAAAUGUCUGAAGCUGAACGAGCUGAGAGGAUUGUAUAAUAGGGGUAUAUACCGGUACAUAAUGAAUAGUAAAAUGAAUAAUAGAAUAAAUAAAGCCUUAGUACAAAUUA